UUUUUGGAAUGCUAACUGUUCUCAGUCAAGCAGUGGUCCACGCAAUCUCAUCUAUCUGAUCAUCGCAAGACCACCAAGUAUGCAGCACUGCCACGAGUUUGUUGUGGACCAUCGUCCUUGCUUGAUUUUGUAUGUCAAUGUACUCCGAGGACGGAAAAUAACUAAAGGGUGGGGCGAUAUGGUUGACACACCUGACCCGUACAUUGAGCUGAAGAUGCGCAAAACACCGGACGCCAAAAGAAGAACAGCCACAAAAACUAACGAGAUCAAUCCCGUGUGGAACGAGAAUUUCCGUUAUCUCCUCGAUCCAAAAGAAAAGAACAUACUUCAUAUUAACCUAAAAGACGACAACUACACAAUGGAUGGGACAAUCGGAAGUGAGCAGAUCAACAUAAACAGCCUGGAAAGGAACAAGUGGAUCAAGAAGACCGUUACUUUUAAUAAGGUCUCUGAAAUUGAUAUGGAAUUAAAGACAGAAAUAGAUACGCAACCCAAUUUACGCUACAGUGUGGAUUUGUGUGAAGAAGAAAUGAAUUACCUUAAGGCCAGGAAGUUGAAAACUAUGACAGGAAUGGGCCGUUUACUUGGCGGAAGGGGGCCGAAAACCAUUGAAGAGGUGCCGACUGUAGCCGUGAUGGGGUCAGGUGGGGGUUUCCGGGCUAUGGUGGCCUAUAGCGGUGUCUUCAAAGCUCUGCAAGAAACAGGUGUGCUGGACUGUGUCACUUACACAUGUGGACUGUCGGGAUCAUGUUGGUUAUUAUCGACAUUGUACUCGCAUCCGAAGUGGCCAAAGUUGUCUCUGAAAGAAUUUCAGGAAGAGUUAAAGAAGAACAUUGACGCGAGUUUGAUUAACUUGAUGGGUAUGCAGCAAGUUAGUCGGUACAUCAGCGCCAUGAUGGAAAAAUGGAACAACGGCCAGCCAAUCAGCUUCACGGAUUUCUUUGGCCAUCUGGUGGGAGAAACACUAAUUAAAGAUAGAAAAGAUUGUACACUGACAGAUCAACAGAUAAAACUCGUAGACGGUAACAUCCCAAUGCCUCUGUAUACGUGUGUACACGUGAAGAAGAAUGUUUCUGCCAGAGCUUUCCAAGAAUGGAUUGAGUUCAGCCCUUUUGAGAUAGGAAUGGCGAAGUUUGGGUCGUUCAUGAAGAGCGAGUAUUUCGGCAGUAAGUUCUUCAUGGGCAAGUUGGCGAAGAAGUACGACGAACCCCCACUCCACUUUUUACAAGGUAUUUGGGGCAGCGCUUUCUGCAUCAUGUUUAAUCGACUAUUUGAUGACAAUCGAAACAUGGACCCCGUGGAGAUGGUCAGACGGGAAAUGAAAAAGAAAAUUAAAGAAGAAUCGGUGCUGAGUGACGGAAGCGAAGAUGAAGACGAUGAUGACGACGAUGAUUUUGAUAAUCACGAUAACUCUCAUCAUGAUCAUUGUGAAGAACUGACUGAUACUCCGACCGCGGCCAAAAGCAGGAAAACGAAGGAGGAGGAUGAACAACAAGGAGUGGAAAAAACGGUCGCGGACAAAGGAUUCUGGAUGAACUGGUUUAAGAGCCUAGUAGAUAGCAAGAGAUUUCAGCUUCUGAGCACGCGCACUGGCCGCGCUGGCGUGAUACACAACUUCCUGAGAGGGAUCUCCUUACUACCUAAAGGAGAAGAACCUAAGACCCCCGAAGAAACAGAUUCUGACGAUUCAGACGAAGGAAUCAGAGUGUAUUCCACCCAUGUCAAAAAACAAUUCGUUGUGGACGCAGGGUUAACUUUCAACUCCCCGUACCCUCUCGUGCUGAGGCAAGCCCGAGGGAUAGAUCUCAUCCUGUCGUUUGACUUCAGUGGUAGACCCAGCGAUGACAGCGAGCCGUUCAAGGAAAUAAAACUGGCUGAAAAGUGGGCUAAACACAACGGCCUUCGUUUCCCACCCAUCGACACGAGUGUGUUUGAGAAAGAAGGGAUGAAGGAGUUGUACAUCUUCCGUGAUCCCAACGACCCUAACUGUCCCAUAAUACUUCACUUCGUCCUCGUGAAUCUCGACUUCCGGAAGUAUAAGAAGCCAGGUGUCCCAAGGGAAACUACUGAAGAGAAAGAAUUCGCGGACUUCGCCGUCUUUGACGACCCCGAAGCCCCGUAUUCCACGUUUAACUUCACCUACACUCACAAGGCGUUUGAUCGGUUAUCUCAGCUGAUGGAAUUCAAUACACUCAACCACCUGAAGGAGAUCAAAGAGGCCAUUGCGGAGGCAGUCCAGAAGAAACGAAAAUAAUUCAUUUCAAUGAGAUUAGAAACCAAUCAAAAUUGUGCACAUAGAACAUAUGUGUCAUAUAGAUCAUGAAAUGCGAAAUCCCUCUUCUCAACGUACAUGAUUUUUAAAUGAUAGGAUGUAUGCUAUUUUAGACGUUGCCAGCAUAGUUUUACUGUUUGUUGAGAGCGGGCAAUAUCGGAAUCUCCUCUGCUCUUGUGGGUUUGAUGGCAAUAAGCGGUCGAAACUGAUCAAAAUCGUAUAAGGGAGAGAUUCUGGAAUGUCGCGUUAACGCCACUCAAAUAAUCAUUCAUCAAUUACACAACCCUGAGUUCCUCCAGUCACCAGUAAUAUUAUACUUUAAGUGACUCAUCCUGUCCCUCAUCUUACACUCCUGAAUUUGUACAUUGAUGUUAUCGGAAAUACCUGUAUGUUAAAGAAAGGCAUUCCUUUCUGUGAUAUGUGCUAUUGGUGCUCUGUAAACAGGUAACUUGUAUUAAAUAUUAUAUAUAUUAAGGUAUAUAUGUUUAUUUUAAAUUGCCUCAUUACAAUGGUGAUCAAAGUUAAAUAUGUUUGAACACGGCGUGAACACACAUUGUACAAUCAUAUCAUUAUAUAACAGAAAUCACAUGUUUUUUUUAAAAUGUCAUAACGUGAGGCAAUAUUUUUUGUCAUAUUUAAAUGUUUCUGUAGAA